AAUUCCGUUUCUGCAUUAAAAUAAAUCAUGUAUCUCCCUUUAUCAACAAUUUUCCGAAUUUGGCUUGAUACAAUCCUGUAAAAUAGAAAAACAGACCACAUAUUUGUUUGUGAUUCAUGUCGAGGGGGAUACAUCAACGUAAUUGUUUUUUUAAUCCUAAUUUGCUCCAGUUUCCCUUAUUUGUGUUUUCCUUCUCUUCAUUGUAUUUUAUUAUGCGUAUAUUUUGUACACAUUCUGGAUCAAUAUUGUUGCCGUUGAUACAACCGCGUCAAAAUGCAAAGCAGUCAUGAAAGCAGAGACCGAAGAGUCGAGGCCAAUGACCUUUUCUCAAACGUGAGCAUAUCGGCCCCGGUGUCUGAAAGAGGACCGCAUCUGUCGCGCGUUACGCCACUGUCGUAAAACGUCUCUGGCUGCUGUUGCAAUGGCGUUUGCUGCGACAGCACUUUCCGGCAGCAGGGAAAUUGAGGAGAAAGCGGCGACAACCGUCGCCAGCGGAUACGUUACCCCCUCAGAUACCCUCGGAUUUAUGCGAUAUUCGGUAAACCGACGUGUAUAUUGAUUGUAAGCACAUUCGCCCCGCGAAUGAGCUCGUGUUCAACGUUUUCCAAGCGUGAAUCUCCACCUUAAUGCGGUGGGAUGGCCACAGUGCCGCCUGGGCCUAGUAGCGCGCUGCCUUCAUCCCCGGCUGAAAUUUCUCCUUUCCCCGGGGUUGGGAGCGCGGAGCCGGCCGGGCAAGACGCAGAACCGGCCUGCCACCGCGAGGGCUGCGUGCCCGCCGGCACGGGGACGACGUCGGGGUCGGUGGGCGAAGUGAACAGGUCGCUUAAUAAGAAGCAGAAGAGCAUGCUAGCUAGAGCUAGCCCGGCGGCGCUGCACCUUAAAAUGCGAGCCCGAGAGCAGCAGCAGUUAAACGGCUUGGCCAGCCCGCCGGAGGACGACGACGGCCACCAGCGCACGGGAAAGCGGCCUGACAACCCGAGACCGUCCGCGGACAACAGUGACAGCGGCAACGAGGAGGCUCCGGCCCCCAGCAGCCGCAGUGAGCAUUGCCAACACGAAGGCCACGGCCCCUUCUCUAAAAACGGCCGUCACUCUCCCUUAGGUAACAAUAGCGCGAACGGCAUGCCGGGUUUCACGAGGACUGAGGGGGACGAUGGGGGGCGUCCGGGGGUCGAAGGGGGCCACGAGUCUGACCCCGAGGAGCCGCCGAGCGACGGGCCGCCGGAAGCCGGGCCCGGCGGACGGAGAGGCCGCGCCGACCCGCAGGAGCCGCCGGCUGCGGAGCUCGCCCGGCUCGACCUCGGCGGGUCCCCGGGCCGAGCGGAGGAGGACGGCCACGGCAUCCGCUAUGUCCGCUACGAGUCCGAGCUUCAGAUGCCGUGGAUCAUGAGACUGAUCACCAAGGACUUGUCUGAGCCUUAUUCAAUUUACACCUACAGGUACUUCAUCCACAACUGGCCGCAGCUCUGCUUUCUGGCCAUGGUGGAGCAGGAGUGUGUCGGAGCCAUCGUUUGUAAGCUUGACAUGCACAAGAAGAUGUUCCGCCGCGGCUACAUCGCCAUGCUGGCCGUGGACUCGAAACACAGAAGGAAAAGCAUCGGUACUAAUCUGGUGAAGAAGGCCAUCUACGCCAUGGUGGAGGGAGACUGUGACGAGGUUGUAUUGGAGACUGAAAUCACCAACAAAUCGGCCCUGAAGCUGUACGAGAACUUGGGUUUUGUCAGAGACAAGCGGCUGUUCAGAUACUACCUGAACGGAGUGGACGCGCUGCGGCUCAAACUGUGGCUCCGCUAGAGGACGGGAGAGGGGACGGGUGAGGACGAGGACAGCCGGUGCUGUUCACCUCGUACGCUAUCGGCUCGACAGCCUCAGCUCAGCCCUGGUCAUUUCCCCUCGUGUACACACACACACACACACACGCAUACAUCACACACCUGUGUACACACACAAGCAAACCCUCUUCUUGCCCUUGACCUUUGAACUGUUGUUUAGGCAGAAACGGACUGCCCCCCCCCCCCCCCCGAUCUUCUCAUGACACUGUCUGACCAGGAGGGAGGGGUGGGGGAUGGUCUCUGGGAUGACCUUGACUGGGGACUAGAUGACCUCUUGAACUUUAAGCCUGGAUGACGCAUUUGACCCCCCCAGAGGACUGGGCCCCUCACCGGAUCCUCCUGCAGGCCACGGGUCACAAACCGAGAAAAGUCGAGCAGCAAAACGUGAAGCAAAGAAGCGGCGCAAGGAAGAAAAAAGGAAGAAACUGGGUACCGCCUCAUGUUUUUGUUGCUUUGUUGGGGGGAGGGGGGGUUUGGUGCCUACGGCGUGGUCGGUUUUGCGUGAUGUCAUGUUUUUGUCUCCCAUCCUGUCUGUCACCUGCCUCGGCCCCCAGUCUGGCUGAAGCCUGUAAAGGUGUGUGUGUGUUAGCUUGUUAGAGCAGUCGACCCCCCCAUUAGCACGCCACUUUGUUGCUUCAGUGUCCAUCACUAAAUCCCUCAUCAGACCCCAACAGUAUGUGCAAGCAGUUUUUUGUUUUUGUUUUUUACCCCGCAAUGCACUGCCAACCGCUGCAAAAUCCUCCAAAAAGCAGGAAACCGAUUCUUUUAAAGAAGCUCCUCGCCAACAACCACGUGAUCUCCGUUUACUCCUUUUUGUCUUUUUCUUUAAUCGACUCCUCGAUGCAAGUUCCACUCGAUCCAUCAGCGCUGCGUUUCAGGGGCGAGCGGCGCGCCGAAACAAAUCCUGUUGUGAGUGUGUGUGUGUGUUAUCUCUUGAUAAAAAAAGGACAAUAGACAAGUA